AUGGCUGAAAAGAGAUUAUUCAAAGAGUACAACCAGUACCAAAAACACUUACCACAACUCAACAAUGACCAAAUAGUAUCGCUAAGCCCACUUUCACCCGACAAGAAUAUUUUAUUAUGGGAAGCCACCAUUGCCAAGCCCACCAGAAAGGAUUCUCCAUAUUACUAUGGCGGACAAUGGAAGUUGAGUAUAAACGUGCCCACGUCGUAUCCUAUUGAUCCGCCCACAAUCAAGUUUGUCACCCCUAUAGUGCAUCCAAAUAUAAAUUUAGGUUCUGGUGAAAUAUGUUUAGACAUUUUAAAGAAAGAGAGUUGGUCGCCAGCAUGGAACCUUGAACAUCUUGUGGUUGCUAUUUUGAUGUUGUUAGACCAACCCGAGCCAGACUCGCCGUUGAACAUCGAUGCAGCAAACUUGUAUAGACAAGAUAAAGUUGCUUACGAAAGUAUAGUUCAGUUUAAUAUCUGGAAACACAAUAAUUUCUACAGUGCGUUUGUGCGAGACACAAGUGGGGUUAGAAGUUUAUAG